GACGUAAGAGAUCUCAUUAGCUUCUCGGGACUUUCGCAAACAAGCUUCACAUUUGCCUCAACCAACUCAGGCAUAUUCUCACUCGAACACAAAUGACCAAGUAAUGGGUAAUUGUUGGUGUAGAUUUGAGCCCUUAAAUCACAGAGUUUCUGCAAACGCUAAAUCAGAGUCACCAAAAGAACAGAGUCCAACAGUAGAAGAUAAACAUAUUAAGGAAGUUCAAAAGCUGCCAUCAAAUCCAAAAGAAGUAGAAGAUCUUAGACGUGAUUCAGCAGCGAAUCCUCUGAUAGCUUUCACGUACGAAGAGCUAAAGAACAUUACAGAUAAUUUCAGACAAGACAGAGUUCUUGGUGGUGGUGGGUUUGGAAGUGUUUACAAAGGUUUUAUAAAAGAGGAUUUGGGUGAUCAACAAGUUCCUCAACCACUUCCUGUUGCGGUUAAAGUUCAUGACGGUGAUAAUAGCUUUCAGGGUCAUAGAGAAUGGCUGGCAGAGGUGAUAUUCUUGGGGCAGCUUUCACAUCCAAACUUAGUGAAACUGAUCGGUUAUUGCUGUGAGGAUAAUCACCGGGUGCUAAUUUACGAGUACAUGGCUCGUGGUAGCGUGGAGAAUAAUCUUUUCUCAAGAGUUUUGCUUCCUCUUUCAUGGGCAAUUAGAAUGAAGAUUGCUUUUGGAGCUGCGAAAGGACUUGCCUUUCUUCAUGAAGCAAAGAAACCUGUCAUUUAUCGCGAUUUCAAAACCUCCAACAUUCUUCUAGAUAUGGAAUACAAUGCCAAAUUAUCUGACUUCGGACUUGCUAAAGACGGUCCUGUAGGAGAUAAAUCUCAUGUUUCCACUCGCAUAAUGGGAACUUAUGGCUAUGCAGCUCCUGAAUACAUCAUGACAGGUCAUUUGACACCGGGGAGUGAUGUGUAUAGUUUCGGUGUAGUUCUGUUAGAGCUUCUAACGGGAAGAAAAUCAUUAGACAAGUCACGGCCAACGCGUGAGCAAAACCUCAUAGAUUGGGCUCUUCCAUUGUUGAAGGAGAAGAAGAAAGUCUUGAACAUUGUAGACCCAAGAAUGAACUGUGAAUACCCGGUUAAAGCGGUUCAAAAGGCUGCAAUGUUAGCUUACCAUUGCCUGAACCGGAACCCGAAGGCUCGGCCUUUAAUGCGGGAUAUUGUUGAUUCUUUGGAGCCUCUUCAGGCCACAGAAGAGGGGGCUUUACUAGUCCCUACUGUUCAGAAAGCAGUAGUUACUAUUAUCGACGAAAUGCCUAAGAAUGGAUUGAAGAAAGUUGAAGAAUUGAAGAAGGUUGAAGAAUUGAAGAAGGUGGAUGAGGUGAAGAAGGUUAUUGAAGGUGAUGCUAAUUCACAUUGUAAUUGAUCACUUGGUAUUUUUUUUUUUAAUAUACAAUUUGAAAAGUG